AAUAGGAGAAAACAGUCGGGGUCCAGUAUGAAGCCGUACAGGAAGUGGCUGCUGCUCGUCCCGCUUGCCUGGCUCCUCCUCUUCCUGUCUCUGCUCUGUCACUUCCUGGACCUCAGAUCCUCCUCGCCGCUUCGCUCCAGAUCGGACUCACCAGGACAGAGACCCGCCACCAGGGGGGGGUCCGGACUCUGAGGGCCGCCGCAGCUCAGACUUCAGGUCCAGAGUCCAAAGACUACUACAGGUCCAGGUCUCUGGAGAUGCUGCAGAGGCUGUGGAGCGGCAGCCUGACGGCGGAGAUGCUGAGUCCUCGUCUGCAGAAGGUGCUGAAGCUGCAGCGGAGCUCCAACAGGCACCGGGUGGUGCAGCGGGGGCCGCGGGGGCGCCGCAGGUCCGGCUCGCAGCUGUACUGUGAGCUGAAGAGGAGGACCAGGAUCCGGACGGUGGACGGGACCCAGGAGCCGUUCUCCGCUCUGGGCUGGGCCCGGCUGGUCCCUUCACUGCCCCUGCAGGAGCUCCGGACGUCUCAGUAUCAGAGUUGCGCCGUGGUGACGUCGGCCGGGGCCGUCCUGAACUCAUCGCUGGGGAGGGAGAUCGAUUCCCAUGAUGCAGUUCUUCGCUUCAACGCCGCUCCCACAAGAGGCUUCGAGAGAGACGUGGGGAACAAAACGACCUUCCGCAUCAUCAACUCCCAGAUCGUGGCUCGACCCCAACACGAGUUCAGCCACAGCGCUCUGUAUCAGGACGUCACGCUGCUGCUCUGGGAUCCAGCUCAGUACGCCGUCAACCUCACCAAGUGGUUCCAGAAGCCGGACUUCGACUUGUUCUCGGCGUACGUGGAGCGGCGCCGGCUCCGCCCCGAGCAGCCAUUCUACAUCCUCCACCCGGAGUUCAUCUGGAGCCUCUGGGACUUGAUCCAGGACAACAGCGAGGACCAGAUCCAGCCCAACCCCCCCUCCUCCGGGUUCACAGGUAUCCUGAUGAUGAUGUCUCUGUGUCGCGAGGUCAGCGUGUACGAGUUCCUGCCGUCGCUGCGCCGCUCCGACCUGUGUCACUACUAUGAGCGGUACGAGGACGCGGCGUGCACGCUGGGCGCGUACCACCCGCUGCUGUUCGAGAAGCUGCUGAUCCAGAGGAUCAACGAGGGCGGCCGCGACGCGCUGCGCACGAAGGGCAAAGUGACGCUGAGGGGCUUCAGGACGCUGCGCUGCGGCUCCUGAAGCAGCGCGGGCUCAUGGGAGUUGUAGUCUUCACCACCGCUCAUGUCGUUGCAGUCAGUAUUUAACAAAUAUUUCCAAAAUAGGUAUUUAUUAGAAAAUGUAAAAGACAAAGAAAGAAAACGGAAUAAAACAUAAGAAAUAUAUAAAUAAAAUAAAAUCUAACAAAUAUCUUAAAUACAUAUAUAUUUCUAUUGAAAUAAAUUAGAUUAAUUAUAAUAAAUAUAUCUAUCAUAAAAGGUAAACAAAUGUAAACAAGAUUUCAAAAUACAACUUACACACUUAUAAGUAGGUAUAGUAAAUAUCUUGAAUAUAUGUUUAUAAUAAAUUACAAUAGGUAAAAAAGUUUGUUCAAUUGAAUUAAACAUUAAAGAAUGAAAAUGUAAUAAAAAUCAUCAAAUACAACAAAUCUCUUAAAUAUAUAUUUAUAAAAACAUGCAGUCGAUAAAGAAACAAGUUCCGAUCAGGACUGAAAACAUUUAACAGUUGAAAAUAAUAAUAUCUAAUAUUUUUAUUAUAUAUUUUUUAGGACGUAAAAUCUAAUUUAUUGCACAAAGGUUUAAGAAACUAUUAUAUCAUUUAAUUUUUGACAAAAUUCUUUAAAACAAUCUGAGAAAUGAAGUCAAAAUUAUGAUUUUUAUUAUUAAAUCUUUCCUGUUUCCUGUUACUUCCACGAAUAAACAGACUUUUAUUUUGGAAGUCUUCACCGUCACUAUUUUCUCUCGAAUGUUAAAAGUGUUAUUUUAAUAACUGAUUUGAACAAAGCACAAACUCUUUUAGUGAAAAUGUUUUUACUAUUAUUGAUUCUGAAACUAUCAUAAUUAUCAUUUUUCAUUGUUUCCUGAUCCGACGGUGCGUUCACUGUCCGCUCACACCCGCUGUAUUUACGCCCGACGCCGUCUCACACGUUGCUUCACUGGGACUGAAAGGAGUUCAUUGUUGACAUUUAAUGAGGUUGUUUUUGUGUCUUGGUGGAUCCGCUUUAUUUAUAUUCUAUAAACCCUCGGGCCCCUAAAUGCUUUAGAAAAUAUUUGAACCGCUGCCAAAUUCAGGGUUCAAACCACUGAAACAUUUUAAGUGUGCAUGCUGUUUGUGCUUAUUAAUAAUAUUAAUCAGCAACAGAAAUGUGUUAAAUCCACAGUUUUAUAUUUUAUAACACUCCUGUAAAAUGUGAUUUUUGUUAAUAAAUGGGUUCAAAACAAACAGAA